GCCCUUUUCAUGACCCGCUAAUUUUGAUUAAUAUCUAGUUCACAGACAAUUUUUUGGUGUGCGAUCAUGACGACACUCUUCUAUACACAUCAAAAAAAGCAACGCAAAGAUUUGAAGUGAAGAGCUCACUGAACAUUGUGUAAGCUGGUCGGUGGAUAAGCCAGCUACAAUGAAUAGGAACAAUGAUGAGGGUGCUAACAUGAAACUCCGCAGUGUUUUGAUCAUCUUAAAAUAUGUUUGCUAGUGUGUCCCUUGAAGAUUUAGAAGUGAAUUUGUAAUUCACCUUUUCCGUCCAUCACGCGAGGACACCACGGACCACUUGCGUGAUGGACCGGAAGUAGUUGCUUUCUGUGACUAUGACUGUCUCUGACAUAGGCGUCUGACAUCAACACAGCAGGUACACCGUUCAAAGAAAAUUCAAAAUGGUGUGAUCGUAGAAAUGCUGGUGGCUUUUCUAGAGCAAAAUUUUCGAAUGGAUAUUCCUACCUCGCAGACUUCUCAUACAGGCUUAAAUUUCUUUUACAGACUGUUGCUCGAAGAUGGAGCAUCUACUUUUUUUGUGUACCAUCGUUCUUUCCAUCGCUAUUGUGACGACUCGGCGUGCUUCAAAGCAUUUACUGACUUAAAUACCAUCGUCAAGAGUACCAACGACACAAGAAGGUAUUUGAGACCAACUAUCAUAUCAUAUGUUGAAUGUUGUUGACGAAGAGCGCACAACUCGUGGACUUUGAAAGCUCUGCAUAAACUGCAAACUUCAACAGGUUGCUCGACAGAUAUAACGUGGCAUGAAUUUGUUACACAAGGUCACGAGCUAAAGCAACAAGUCACUUAAAUCCUGGACUAGCGGAAAACACUGUAGCGGGUCAAGUGACGGUGAGCGAAGUCAUUUCGUCGUGGAUAAAAUCCAGUGCACACAGAUCCAAAAUUUUGAGUUCCAAAUACAAAUGUUUGGCUGCGGAUAUGCCUCCAUUACUAGCAGCACGGGCGCAAACCUUUGCGUUAAGUAGUAGUGAAGCCUGUGGAUAAAGUUCAGGCUCAAAUCAAAGUCAAAGCGAAUAGAUGUACAUCAGAGCUCAAGUUGAACGUCCAUUAGAAGUUAUUUUAGCAACAAGUAAACCGUUCUUUGCAAUAAUG